GUCAGGAAGGAAGUGGAGCAGGGCCUGCUGCCCGUACCCUGGAAGCACACGCAGAAUCAACUUCCUGGGGUGAAUGCCACUCCUACUACCAGAGAGGAAGCAGCGCGGGGAGCCAUGGGGUCCAACAGCAGGUUCUAGCUGAGGACACGGCCUUCUUGUUAUGAUGCCUUCACGUACGAAUCUAGCUGCUGGGAUCCCCAGUAGCAAAGUGAAGUAUUCCAAGCUCUCCAGCACUGAUGAAGGUUACAUUGACCUGCAGUUCAAGAAGAGCCCGCCAAAAAUCCCUUACAAGGCAAUUGCGCUUGCCACAGUGCUGUUCAUGAUUGGGACGCUUCUCAUUGUCAUAGGAGCCCUCCUGCUUGCAGGAUACAUUAGCAAAGGAGGCACUGACCGAGCCAUCCCUGUGUUGAUCAUUGGGAUCCUGGUGUUUCUACCAGGCUUUUAUCACUUGCGCAUUGCUUACUAUGCUUCCAAAGGCUACCGGGGCUACUCUUAUGAUGACAUCCCAGAUUUUGAUGACUAAUGCACACCCUGGAGAAAAGGAGUCUGGAUCGCGUUGUCCCCAUUUCUGUGAUAAGUGCUGUUAGUCACCACCCUGAACCUGGAUAUUUAAGGCAAAACAUGUAAGAACUUAAACAAAGUAGAUGUAUCCUAGGAUGCAGUUUCCUGGCCCUGUAAAUGCUUUAUGAAAUAACUGCCAGAUUUUUUUUUCUCGUGUUACAGGGAGAUUGACAGCUACAUUAGGUAAAGCAGAAAAUAAGAUUCCUUGUUCCUGUCAAGAAAUUCUAGGGCAGGGCACAUAUAGCAAUUUCCCAUAAAACAGAUGAGACACACACAGUUUGAGGGUGGUUUAAAAAAAAAAAAAAAAAAAAUUGUGAUUUAAUCUAAAUGUAUCACUAUUUCCAGCAGAGUGUAUUUUAUCUUUCAAAUAGAGCAAAAUUAUAGCAGGGACUUUUUAUCAUAAACAAUAUUUAUAGAUCCAGUUUCUUGUUGCUGUAAACUCAGGAAAACAAUUCCAACAUAUCCCCUGGUUUGCAUCUGGAAUAUUGACCUAUCUGCUAGCCUUAAGCAAAUAAGGAAAAAAAUGGGUCCAUGUGUUGUGAUUUCUGUGGAGUGUGUUUUCUGUACCACAGCUGUCAGUUUGAGAGCCACUUGCCUAGCUUCAACAUUCCUCCCAAGAAAGCUGUUUCCCCUCAUACCAAUAGUUUUGACCAAUUAUACUUGUUGUCUAAUAUAUAAUGUAUUAUUUGGCUCGUUAACCAUUUUAAAGAAACUCUAUGGCAGGAGAGGAUGAAAAAUUACCGUUUAGGUCCCAAAUUCCCUGUCUCCUAACAUGGUUCUGAAUGCUGGUGACCAUUAGGGAAGUUGAGCUCCCAGUUUUGUAUUAUGUAUUAUGGAUCUAUCUGUUUAUGAGUACCUGGGGGCAUUUUAUCUUAGCAGUUGAAGCUGGUGUAUGUGGUACCCUAGCCAGGUGCAAAGCAAUUCUGUAUCUGACAAGUUCAGUGUGCAUCGCUUUGUUAGGGUAUUCUGGGAAGUCAGACAAGUAGCUUCCAGUUUGCUGAUGUAUAACAUCUAGUUAGUGUCUGGAGUGUCAAGUACCUCAGACUGUUUGUGAGGAGCAAAUAUGCAAUGAGAAAUUGUUCUGUUAAACUCAAGCAUCUGCAUUUAAUAGAAAUAAAGCUGACUAUAUAGUA